AAGAAAACCGGGAUUACGCUAUGACUACGAAAGAGAGAAUUCAGCGCCGGUUCCCUGGCAAGUUCAUGGAGCUCUGCGAACCCUGCUUCCAUCGCAGUCCACGGCACAUCUCCUGGAAGGGCAACAACUUGAAGUGCAAUUCCAGACACAGGCACAUUUGGAAGGCAACUCUAGUUCUUUGUGACAAGCAAAAUACACUGUUGUAUGAGGAGGUCAGGCCGCUGCCCAUCCUGCCCCACUUGAACAUCCGCUCAUGGCAGUACUGUAAGUAUGUUGAGAAGGGUGAGCAAUGCUGGCAUGGCGCUCAUCGAUGCUGGUUUGCACACAGUGAGGUAGAGAUGACCGUGUGGACAGCUGAGAGCCAGGAGGGGUUUGUUCGCUCUGAGCUGCUUCUGGCUGUACAUAAACAUCAGCCGGUGGCAGCAGCUUCUCUGUCUCCGACCCAGCACUACUGCAAAGCCUGCAGUCUAUCGUUUUCUCAAUGGGGAUGUUACCAGAACCACCUCAACACGUUCAACCACAUCAAAAGGACCAGCGAGUAUAACAAUGAGACAACGACUGAGUGGAAGUAUCGAGACCCACCUCAAACCAACCAAGCCUACAAAUUGUGUGAAAGGUACAUUACACCCAGUCAGUAUCACACAACACAUACACUGAGUAUACCAAACAUUAGGUUCACCUUCCUAAUAUUGAGCUGAUCCUAUUCAUCAGACACUUAUAGUUGGAUAUCUAAUGUGAUUCAUAAUAACAGCAAUUAACAUUUCUAAAACAUAAAAUGUAAUGUAAUUUAUCCAUAGGAGGGCCUCUACAUGUGAGCUUGGGAGCAACUGUGUUGAUGCUCACUCAGCGGAAGAACUACAGGAGUGGCGCACAAGAGACAAGACUGAUCGGAAGACAGUUAUUGCUGCUGAAGAGCAGGGUUUACUGUCAUACCAGGACAAUCUACUGAGAGAGUACAGAGCUAGCAUCAACAAGGCUGUUAUUGUAAGGCCAUUUCUAUUAAAUAUACAGUGCCUUCGGAAAGUAUUCAGACCCCUUGACUUUUUCCACCAUUUUGUUACGUUACAGCCUUAUUCUAAAAUGGAUUAAAUAAAUAAAAAUCCUCAGCCAUCUAUACACCAUACCACAUAAUGACAAAGCGAAAACAGUUUUUUAUACAUUUUUGCAAAUGUAUUAAAAAUAAAAAACCGAAAUACCUUUUUUACAUAAGUAUUCAGACCCUUUGCUAUGUGACUUGAAAUUGAGCUCAGGUGAAUCCUGUUCCAUUGAUCAUUCUUUAGAUGUUUCUACAACUUGAUUGGAGUCCACCUGUGGUAAAUUCAAUUGAUUGGACAUGAUUUGGAAAGGCACACACCUGUCUAUAUAAGGUCCCACAGUUGACAGUGCAUGUCAGAGCAAAAACCAAACCAUGAGGUGAAAGGAAUUGUCCGUAGAGCUCCGAGAUAGGAUUGUGCCGAGGCACAGAACUGGGGAAGGGUACCAAAAAAUGUCUGCAGCAUUGAAGGUCCCCAUGAACACAGUGGCCUCCAUCAUGUGGCCUCCCAAUGGUCACUCUGACAGAGCUCUAGAGUUCCUCUGUGGAGAUGGGAGAACCUUCCAGAAGGACAACCAUCUCUGCAGCACUCCCCCAAUCAGGCCUUUAUGGUAGAGUGGCCAGACGGAAGCCACUCCUCAGUAAAAGGCACAUGACAGCCCGCUUGGAGUUUGCCAAAAAGGCACCUAAAGACACUCAGACCAUGAGAAACAAGAUUAUUUGGUCUGAUGAAACCAAGAUUGAACUAUUUGGCCUGAAUGCCAAGCGUCAUGUCUGAAGGAAACCUGGCACCAUCCCUAAGGUGAAGCAUAGUGGAGGCCGCAUCAUGCUGUGGGGAUGUUUUUCAGCGGCAGGGACUGGGAGAAUAGUCAGGAUUGAGGCAAAGAUGAACGGAGCAAAGUACAGAGAGAUCCUUGUUGAAAACCUGCUCCAGAGCGCUCAGGACCUCAGACUGGUGCAAAGGUUCCCCUUCCAACAGGACAACGACCCUGAGCACACAGCCAAGACAACGCAGGUGUGGCUUCAGGGACAAGUCUCUGAAUGUCCUUGAGUGGCCCAACCAGAGACCGGACUUGAACCCGAUCGAACAUCUCUGGAGAGACCUGAAAAUAGCUGUGCAGCAACGCUCCCCAUCCAACCUGACAGGGCUUGAGAGGAUCUGCAGAGAAGAAUAGGAGAAACUCCCCAAAUACAGGUGUGCCAAGCUUGUAGCGUCAUACCCAAGAAGACUUGAUGCUGUAAUCGCUGCCAAAAGUGCUUCAACAAAGUACUGAGUAAAGGGUCAUACUUAUGUAAAUGUAUAUAUAUUUUAAUUGUUUUGCUUUGUCAUUAUGGGGUAUUGUAUGUAGAUUGAUAGGGAGGGGAGAACAAUUUAAUCAAUUUUAGAAUAAGGCUGUAAUGUAACAAAUUUUGGAAAAAGUCAAUUGGUCUGAAUACUUUCCGAAUGCACUGUACUCGCAAUCAACUUUAAAAUUGACACGUUAUAAGAUUUCAGUUGCCUUUAAUACUGUACUGGUCAGGUAAAAUACAACUCAUUUCCUGGUUCUGAGAGUCUACUGCAGCGACCUAUCGUUCUACGACUAACGCACUGAUUUAUAUUUAAUUUAAUUUAAAGAAACAGAACACAAUUUGAAGAUGUGAUACAAAACCACUUUGUGUUCAUCACAGAGGGACAAACUUUAAAUUAGAUAGAAGCUGAGACCGUGACGAAUCAAUAGAGUGACAAAUAAACUCUAUGGUACGUUCACAGCCCUGCAGCGCAAUGCAGCUUGAGUGCCUGUAAUGUACAAAUUGAUGGACAGUCCUAUCAGCAAAUUAGUGUUAAGGCGGGACUACCGAGCCUCCAAUGGCUGUGGAUAUGUAACCCAAUACCCCAGAGUCAUUCCAUGCCAACUGUUUUGAAGCAGGGACACAGUCAGAACUGUCAUGAAGCGAUUUGGUCUAAGACACGUUUAUUUAUAAGCGAAUUACGUUGAUAAAAAUUACAUUUACACUGCAUAAAAUAUUACAAGCUUUUUAACACAAACAAACAUUCUGUGCCAUUGUGAUUAUACCGUCCAUUUUCAGAUGUCUGAGGCAGUGUCUGGUGUGAAUAUCAGCUGUGACAAGGACCUGAUGAUUUCAGGUCAAAGAGAAAAUGUGCCGCUGACAUGGAAGUUCAGAAUACAGUCGGAGGUAAGGCUAACAUACCAUUAUUACCUUGUUGUACUUAAAAGAGUACUCCAUGUAAAGUCGCCACUCAGUCCUGCAAAUGUUAUGGACGUCAAGAUGCUUGCUUAGCGAGUACGACUCCCCCCUGAUUAGGCUCAUACCUGGCUCGAACUUGGGACCUCUGCUUUGCUAAAACACGUGACCGCCUUUUUCCAGUUACAGUGUAGUAUAACUGCAGUUCAACUACAGUACACUGCAGUUAUUAUGCAAUUACUGCAUCCAAAAUACCACAGUCCACUGCGUCUUUAUAUCGGACGACCCCUUACAAAAAAAGAUUGCAGUAGGGUCCCACCGCCUUUGAUUGCAUUUCAAGGUAAUUAUGAGGAAGUCAGUUUACCAGUUCUAUUCAAUGGUCGUGCAUUUGCAAUAUAAUUAUUUCACAAAAAUAAACGUAUUAAUGAUUUUUUUUGCAGCCUUAAGCCGAUGUCACACGAAGCAAUCUGGACGCGAUUUAUGUUGCUUGGAACAAAGUUGCAUCUGGGUUGCUCAGUGUGUCACCCCAAAUUAGUUGCAUUGCAUCACAAGAUAUAGAAAUCCAUCCUAUUUCACGCAAAUUAAUGUAUGCAAUGUCCAAUCAGUCAGCAAAAAAAGGUUUACAUGACUCGUCAUAUCGUUCUGUUCAGAACUCUGACCCAGUUGUCAUGUCAACACAGCUGUUGCAAACCAUGACACAAUUCCAAAUAGGAAAUGUAUAAAACAUUCUAGACACCAUGGCUAGUCAUGGUUUAUGUACAUAGUCUGGCAGUCAAUACAUUUUAUUUUAAAAGUGAACCCAGACCUUUCUCUGUCCAGUUUUAACUGACAUUGUCCAGCAUGAAUUGCACUAGCUAGCUCAUCACUAGCUUGGUUAGAUUUGACACAAGGCCAGUGCUCUUGCAUUUGGUCUAUUUUGAUGCUGUUACAAUUACCAAAUGUUUGUAUAAGCAAAUCAUUUAUGAAACCAUGAUGUGAUGUAUGACAAGAUUGGAUGUAUGCAAUUGCGUUUGAAUUGCUUUGUGUAGAGGCAAAGUUGCUUGAGAUGAUGUCACUUGCAACUUCCAUCUGCAACAGAAAUUGUGUCCAAAUUGCUUAACUCACAAGAUUGUAGUAGUGGCAUCCUAAUGAAUUGUGUCCAAUGCUUUUUUACAGAGACUACUUGCACAUAUAGCGUUACUGAAACAGGAACCUGGGGCCUCUUUCUCCCUGGAUGAAAACAGUCCUGAGCCCUGCACUUACUCCACGAGUGAACAGUUCUGUAACUCAGACAUGACCUAUGACAUCACCGUGUCCUUCAAGUCCAACAACCCGGGUCUUUACGAACAGUGGUUGGUGUUUGACUUUGACACAAGGCCAGUGCUCUUGCAGAAACUCAAGGUUGACGUUGGAAAAGAGCCUUCCAUUCAUCUAGUGGCGCCACCACAAGACGAAAUCCAUCCAUCUUUAAAUCAAGAACGCUGGCAUCAGGGGAACAGGGACAUCAUCCCAUACUUGGAGAAGACAGAGGCACAGGAAAAGCUGCUUAAGGAAUACGAGCAUCAGAUUAGCAUGCUGUAUAAACCACUUGAUGACUGCAACACGCCCAUUAAUCACCAGAACUACAAAGAGAGAAUGCACAGCUUCCUGUACACAGAGGAGCAGGCAGAAGAUCAGGUGGUUUCAAGGUAAUGAUAGCAAUUAGAGUAUUUAUUGAAUACUAUAUAGUAAAACAUCUACAUUGGUAAAUAUACAUGAGUUAAAAUGGCAAUCAACCUACCUAAAUCUUUCCACAUUCUAUACAAUUUUAAGACUCAAUGUUCGAGCGACCAUCACCUUGUCGGUCAACCUAGAGGCCACUGUAGACGACCCUCAGUUUGGGAUGAAGAUAGCUCCUUUGGGGGAACUAUUCUGUGCCGUCUCAGUUCCUUAUAAUCUCACCCCAGACACCCCAGAGGGUUUGAUGCUGAGACGAAGCAUCCAGUCAGCUCUCAUAGCACCAGUAUCUUCAGAUAAUCAAAGUCACAAGGUCUACGAAGCCAUCAUCCUCAGAGACGCCACCAGUGAGAAUAAAAUGCACUUGCAGCUGUCUAAAAGAUGCUGCUCUGACCUGAAGCUCCAAAGAAAUGAAACAUGUGAAAUGGAAGUCCAGUUCCAGCUGAAUCGUCUGAAGUUCUGUGAGAUGCACAAAGCCAUAGAUCUCCUUCCAGACACAGAGAGAGUGUUGCCAGACUUCAGGAACUGCAGUGUCCCUGUGAGCAAAACACAGCAAAAUUACAACCUCAAUGCAAGGCAGCAAGCAGCUAUGGAAUUUAUCGUUGGAGAUACUGAUGGAGGAGGGAGCGUGGCACCACUCCUCAUUUAUGGACCAUUUGGAACUGGGAAAACCCUUACUCUCGCUACGGCAGCCAAGGAGCUGCUACGGCAGCCUCACACCAAAGUACUGAUCUGCACCCUUACAAACAGGUAGGAGACAGAGGAUUUGAUGUAAGUCGCUCUGGAUAAUUAUAAUAUCGGUUAUUCAAUGGGUUGACUAUACAGUAUGUGGCCUCGAAAUGUUCAAUAAUUAUGUUUAUAAUCGUAGCAAGUAUAUGUAACUAGAGCCUGGUAGAAGUUAUGAAAAGUAUUUUUAUUUUUUAUAGUUGGAACAUGCUAUCCUUAUUAACCUGGUGAAUUAUUAUUGUUGGUACAAAAGUACAUUGUAAGUGAAGCCAUAGAAGAGAUUACACUCAUUAUUUUCUUCAGUUCUGCAGAUUUGUAUGUGAAGGGUCAUUUCCAUGAGUGUGUCAACUCUGGAGAACUUGAAAUCAAACUUCUUAGAAUAAAGGCAGAAGAAUCAUCCGUACAAUCUACUGAUGAGAUCACCUUACAGUACUGUCCUCGUUCCGAAAACGGCCAAUUGUUCUCCCUCCCUGACAAAGAUACAGUGGACUCCUGUAGAGUGGUCAUAACAACCACUGCAAUGGCAAGGCACUUACAUGACCUGAAGCUCCCUGACGGCUACUUCACCCACAUCCUGAUUGACGAAGCCUCCCAGAUGCUUGAAUGUGAAGCUCUGAUGGCCCUUGGUCUGGCUGGGCCAGUAACUCGAGUGGUUCUAGCUGGAGAUCACAUGCAGAUGGGGCCUAAGCUCUUUUCAGUGGAUGAUGACCAACGCUCCAAUCACACCUUGCUGAACCGUCUGUUCCACUACUAUCAAGCCCAGGAGAGUAGUGCAGCUUUGAAAAGCAGAAUCAUUUUCAACGAGAACUAUCGCUCCACAAAAGAGAUAGUAGAAUUUGUGUCCACUAACUUCUACGUUGGCAAGUCUGAUGCCAUCAAGGCUGUAGGUAAUGUUCCAGCUCAUCCGAACUGCCACCCCCUGAGGUUCCACCAUGUCAGAGGAGAAUCUCACUUGGACAACACAUCCAUGUCGUGGUUUAACCGUAAAGAGGUUGCAUCCGUGGUUGAAAUAGUGCAAAAUCUGCUCAGAGAUUGGCCACCCGCAUGGGGAAAUCAGGAUCAAAGCUCAAUUUGUGUCCUGUCUGAAGGAUGCCAGGUAAAUUGGCUUUUGAACAUACCACCAUUUUUAUCAUGUAUUUCUUGAGCAAAUGAUAAUCUAUUGACAAUAUUGUAUUUGAAGUCUUACAUGUUGUAAUUGUAUUUUUUGUGACAUAUAUUGGUUCAUAGGUUUCACUGAUCCGGAAAGAGCUUCGGAAAAAAAGACAUGGCCAAGUGACUGUGGAAAAUAUAGCCAAUGUUCAAGGUAUAUUUUGACUGUGAUUUUGACUUUCAUAUAACCCUUUCCUUGAACAUAAUAAUGGGUUGUAUACUACACUGCUCAAAAAAAUUAAGGGAACACUUAAACAACACAAUGUAACUCCAAUUCAAUCACACUUCUGUGAAAUCAAACUGUCCACUUAGGAAGCAACACUGAUUGACAAUACAUUUCACAUGCUGUUGUGCAAAUGGAAUAGACAACAGGUGGAAAUUAUAGGCAAUUAGCAAGACACCCCCAAUAAAGAAGUGGUUCUGCAGGUGGUGACCACAGACCACUUCUCAGUUCCUAUGCUUCCUGGCUGAUGUUUUUGUCACUUUUGAAUGCUGGCGGUGCUUUCACUCUAGUGGUAGCAUGAGACGGAGUCUACAACCCACACAAGUGGCUCAGGUAGUGCAGCUCAUCCAGGAUGGCACAUCAAUGCGAGCUGUGGCAAGAAGGUUUGCUGUGUCUGUCAGCGUAGUGUCCAGAGCAUGGAGGCGCUACCAGGAGACAGGCCAGUACAUCAGGAGACGUGGAGGAGGCCGUAGGAGGGCAACAACCCAGCAGCAGGACCGCUACCUCCGCCUUUGUGCAAGGAGGAGCAGGAGGAGCACUGCCAGAGCCCUGCAAAAUGACCUCCAGCAGGCCACAAAUGUGCAUGUGUCUGCUCAAACGGUCAGAAACAGACUCCAUGAGGGUGGUAUGAGGGCUCGACGUCCACAGGUGGGGGUUGUGCUUACAGCCCAACACCGUGCAGGACGUUUGGCAUUUGCCAGAGAACACCAAGAUUGGCAAAUUCGCCACUGGCGCCCUGUGCUCUUCACAGAUGAAAGCAGGUUCACACUGAGCACAUGUGACAGACGUGACAGAGUCUGGAGACGCCGUGGAGAACGUUCUGCUGCCUGCAACAUCCUCCAGCAUGACCGGUUUGGCGGUGGGUCAGUCAUGGUGUGGGGUGGCAUUUCUUUGGGGGGCCGCACAGCCCUCCAUGUGCUCGCCAGAGGUAGCCUGACUGCCAUUAGGUACCGAGAUGAGAUCCUCAGACCCCUUGUGAGACCAUAUGCUGGUGCGGUUGGCCCUGGGUUCCUCCUAAUGCAAGACAAUGCUAGACCUCAUGUGGCUGGAGUGUGUCAGCAGUUCCUGCAAGAGGAAGGCAUUGAUGCUAUGGACUGGCCCGCCCGUUCCCCAGACCUGAAUCCAAUUGAGCACAUCUGGGACAUCAUGUCUCGCUCCAUCCACUAACGCCACGUUGCACCACAGACCGUCCAGGAGUUGGCGGAUGCUUUAGUCCAGGUCUGGGAGGAGAUCCCUCAGGAGACCAUCCGCCACCUCAUCAGGAGCAUGCCCAGGCAUUGUAGGGAGGUCAUAUAGGCACGUGGAGGCCACACACACUACUGAGCCUCAUUUUGACUUGUUUUAAGGACAUUACAUCAAAGUUGGAUCAGCCUGUAGUGUGGUUUUCCACUUUAAUUUUGAGGGUGACUCCAAAUCCAGACCUCCAUGGGUUGAUACAUUUGAUUUCCAUUGAUAAUUUUGGUGUGAUUUUGUUGUCAGCACAUUCAACUAUGUAAAGAAAAAAGUAUUUAAUAAUAUUAUUUAAUUCAUUCAGAUCUAGGAUGUGUUGUUUAAGUGUUCCCUUAAUUUUUUUGAGCAGUGUAUAAAAACUUUGACAUGUUGUUUUCAUUUCUUAACAGGCAAACAGUUCAGGGCAAUAGUAUUGACAGCCGUUCAAACUCGUGACAGCCUCCUUUCCUCUGACUCACCUUGUCACCAGUUUUUCAACGAUGCUCGCGUGCUGAACACGGUCAUGACUAGGGCUCAAUCCCAGGUUGUUGUGGUUGGAGAUGCUGCUGCUCUUUGCUACUUUGGGAAAAGCUCAAGGAUAUGGAAAGCCUACAUAGACCACUGCAUCAGCAAACACAGUGCAGAUCCGCAAACCCUUACUGAAGAUUACUUGAAACAGGAAGUAAGAGAGAUUUCAAGAUUUUUCAAAGGGGAUGAGGAGGACAACAGUGAUAGUGAGUCAUCAAUAUCUGAGAUACCUGACAUAGAUGAUCCAAUACUGAGGGAGCUUCUUGACGAGGGUAAAGAUGUACGACUCACUGUAACAGCUGACGGCCUGUUGGGUAUCACCCAGGGGAAGCCAAUUGUCAACCCAUUAGAUGGAUUUGAGAUUAACACAAGCCAAGAAAGCUCCCCUUUGUAUCUUCAGGCAUCGAUAAAGAGAGACCCGAGUAUCUACAAACACUGUCACUUGAAUUUGGAGAGGUUUGACUCAGGCUACGCCAUACCUCUUGAAGAGCCCUCCCUCUGCAUUUCUAUCAAAGGUAGAAAGAAUCUUGGUCGUUCUUUUCCUGGAGAUCAGGUUAUUGUGGAGAUCUUGGACAAUGAGUGCCAUCCCCCAAAUGGGAAAGUGUUAGAUGUGCUGAAGGUUAAAAAUGCCUCCAUGUUGUUUGUCUGUACCAUUGAUAACCAUGACACCCAGGUGAUGACACCCAUCAACAACUGCAUCUCCAAAAUUUACACCCCAUUUUGGAGGGACAAGCCAAACUACAUUGCAGUGCGAAAACUGGAGGAUCUGAGAUUUGAAGAGUUUGUGAAGAUAAAUGAGGAAUCCAAAAGAAACAAUCUCUUUGUUGUCAAAGUCUUGAAGUGGCGAGAGCAAUUUCGAUACCCUUUAGGAGUUGUCGUAAAAGUCCUUCCCAAAGUGACAUCUUUAGAUAGUGGACUAGAAGUAUUGGACAUAGAGUAUCAACUGACAAGGGCCCCUCCUGUCGAGAAAGACCAUGAAAUUGUCAAGGAACUGAACACAGAUACGCAAAGUCGAAUGGAUUAUCGAAAAUUCACAACCUUUACAAUUGACCCAGCACAUUCCAAGGAUCUUGAUGAUGCAAUCAGUGUAAGAGAUUUAGAUGAACAAUAUGAGAUUGGAGUUCACAUUGCUGAUGUUGCAAGCCUUGUGACCAAGGACAGCCCAUUGGACAAAAAUGCACAACAGAAUGGAACUGCUUUUUAUCCCCCUGGAAAAGAGCCUGUUUAUAUGUUCCCACAUUGUCUGAGCACCAAGGAUUUCAGUCUACUCCCUGGAUAUGAACGAAAUGCCAUAUCAUUGAUGGUGGAACAUUGACAAGAAAACGGACCGCAUCAAGACAAGUAAGUUUAGCCUAUCUGUAAUAAAGUCAGAUAGAAAGUUGUCAUAUGAGGAAGCUGAAAACAUCAUCCAAAACUCUGCUGAUAAUGGCCAACGAUAUGACACUUUGGAGGGCUGCCUCGCUAAAGCAUGUCACUUCUCUGAGGUUCACAGAAAGGACAGGAAACUGGAAGACUGGUGCUAUAAGUCACCUGAUGAUGAUGUAAUCGUUGGUAGAAGACGGUCUCAUAAGAUGGUGGAAGAGCUCAUGGUUAUGUUUAACCACGCUGUCACUGAACUGUUGCUGAAAGAUGCAAAGACAGUUAGCUGCACCCCAGUCAGAUGCCAAGACAAGCCAAACACAGAGAAGCUUUGUCAACUAAAAGAAAAAUACAGUUAUUUGAUUCCCCUGUCCAUUCAUUUCUGCCACUGCAUUGAUCAGAUUGGUAACGUUGAUGAUAACCAGAGGGAUGCGGUUUCUAAGCCUUACCCAGGUUUGACCAAUCAGAUGCUUGCAACGGGAGCAGAGAAGAAAGCCCAUCGGGGUCAAGUUGUCCAGCCAUCUGAGACAUUCUCUCUGUUAACAUCCAUUGUGAGGAGUCUUGAGGCAGCACUGCAAGACAAGGAUAUCCCUAGAAUUGUGGACCUGAUAACAACUGAUGACAUUCAUCCCCAGCUACUGCCUGUGAUCCUUGAAUUCAGGAAGACGAUCCGUAGAGCAUAUGUUCUACGCUCUAACUCAACGUACCUAUCUAGAGUUGGCCACUAUGACCUUCAGCUUGAAAGCUACACUUGGGCUUCCUCGCCCAUUCGUCGGUACGUGGACGUUAUUGUUCAGAGGCUCCUGCACUCAGUUCUUGAAAACAAAGCAGUCAGGUACACUUCUUUGGAAAUUGACCAGUCCUGUCUGAGUUUUUCUGAAAGAUCUGAUAAGCAAAAGAUGUACGAGAAGAAAGCUCGUUGCUUGAGUCUUGCAACGCAGCUGAACAAUCAAAGUGCACAGAAGGUAGCCUUUGUCAUUGAUGCCUCCCCAGUUGGAAAGAGUUUAAGGGUGUAUUUUCCAUUUAAUCGAACCUCAAUGCCAGACGUAAUCCAUAUCAUGUAUAGGGAUCUGCAGUUAACAGACCAACCAGAGUACAAUGAGCAUGACAACCAUGUGGUUCUGAAAUGGAAGAGAAGAGUAUACUCCUUCACAAAUGAGAACAUCCACGCUGAACUGCAACAACAGUUGCCUCAUCCAUUUGUGACAUCAGUGCCAACAGACUUGUGGAAAGGGAUGCUGUCAGCUCUGAAGGAGAAGAACUGGGACAUCGUGUUCCAAUCCUUACAGACCAUCAGCUCAAGUGUCAAUGAUAACCAACAGGUCUGCUCAGGUCUGCUCCAAUAUACACCAACGAUGGCCAGAACCAAUCCAAAUCCAGGUCAUUACAUUGAAUUGCCAUUGAGGGUAAAGCCUGGUGAAACACUUGAGGUGCAACUGGGCACUGACACACAGCGGGGAUUAUUAAUACCUGUGGUUCAGAUGCUUGUUGUACGUAACAAGUUUGAGAUUUGCUUGGAACACUCAAAAGACCCAACUCUGUGUUUCUCCAAGUAUGCACUCCAUUCGUCGAAGCAAACAUACACCACUUACUGGGACUAUCAGAAGAUAUGGAAACCAUUGUGUGAGAUGGAGUCAGCCUCCAAUGCUGUAGCAGAAAAUGACAGCAUUGUCCUUGAAGAUGUGCCUUUGACAUGGAAACAGAUACAGAAGGAGAGACAACUUGGUGGAUACUUCCAGUUGCCACUUGAGAAGAUGAAACAGUGGGCCAUUGAGUACGGUCUCAAACACAGCUUUCUGUGUAUCCGGAUGAGGUACCAAAAUCGAGCAGAUUUGACAAACAAUGGCGCUGAUGAUGAUCAGCAUGUGGACCUCACCAAUAUCCCAUCUCUCAUUUGGGUUGCUCAUGGAAUAACCACUGGGGUCACUGAUGAGGAAGAAGCUAAAAAGCUCCUCUAUGUCCAGAUAGACUUCCGGAUUAAUCACAUGUCCAUGGCCAAGAUUCCAGAGAGGGUCUUCGGGAAAGAUACUAAAUUCACAGUGGAAUUGAUUCCAAAGCUGCUACCUGAUGUGUAAGUAUUUGGACUAUUUAAUAUUCUAAUACAAAUGUGUUUGUAGCGUCAAAAGAAGAUAAGAUGUGCAAUUAAAUGAAAGAUUUUGUGUUAUUUUCAGGCGUAAAGAGACUGCCGUCACUAACCUCACUCAGGCUAACGAACUUGUGAAGGACAUUGCUCUUGGCAAGAGGACAAACUCAGGUAGAUACACCUAACACAUUUUACCUCAGAACACUACACAAGCCACCAUCUAUACCCAGCAAAUUCACUCUCUGUUGAAUUUUUAUACAUUUUUAGUUUUAACUUUGACAAAUAUAUUCACGGUAAAUUCAUGUCUCAUGUCUGCUUGUAAUAAGUGAGGUUGUGAGGUUGUUAUGAAAUGAUCAGGCAUGAAACAUUUUUUGUGGUAUUGUUUUACACAGCACCUGUAACUAAAGAGCUGAGACCUGCCAGGUUUGAGAUCAAAGGUCAUUCCUCCGUCAAGUUUCCUAUUCUGAAUAGCAGCCAAACCAAAGCUAUUAAAGAGGCCCUCGACAACCGAUUCACUCUCAUUCAGGGGCCACCAGGUAAGCACUUGGAUGUUUUACAAAGCCUAUAUUACCUUUCUCAUCAUGCAGUUCAGUUAUAAUCUUAAUACAUUCUAACCAUUUUCUUAGGCACUGGGAAGACGGUGGUUGGAGUCCACCUUGUUUAUUGGUUCUUUCUGCAAAACCAAAAAGUCCCAAACCACAUAAGGCCUAAAGCAGCUAAUGGGUCUUCAAAGAGGAGGUGCAUUCUAUAUUGCGGACCCUCUAAUAAAUCGGUGGAUGUUGUAGCUGGUAAGAAUCCCCCCCCCCUUCUCCUUACAUUAUGUUAGGUAUGGCUUCAUCUGCAAUUGAUUUCAAUGUGGGCCUGUGUCACUGUCUCUUUUUGUGAGGUCUCAGUGAGUCAGAUACGUUUGCAGUCAGAUAACCAUACCACUGUCAUAGCACCAGUACUUAACUUGGGCAGGAGCUUACCGGAACUGACUACCAGCACCUCAAAUUGUCUUCUGCAUGAGUUCCUGCACCUCCUAUAGAAUAUUAGCUCAAAAGUAUUGAGGAGUUCAUGCACCUAAAUAUUAACAGUACCGGCACCAAAAUGAGUACCGGCACCUAUUUCAGUCCUUAAGUCAAGCACUGCAUAGCACUAAAACUUGUCUCAUCAUAUUUGUCAAAGGUCAACUUCUGAAACUCCGGGAGGUGUUGAAGCCACUCCGAGUUUACAGUGAGCAGAUGGAGAUGUUGGAGUUUCCUUACCCUGGCAGCAACUUGAAGCUGUCACGCAGGUCAAUCAGGGAGGAGAGACCCAAGAGAGAGCUCAGGUCGGGGAAAGAACUGUCCGUGUGUAUUUUGGUUGGGCCGUAGAAAUCGGUACUAUGAUGAAAGUUGAGGCUUUAUAUUUGCAUUGCAUAACUAUUUGUUUUAUCACUGAUCAUUACUCGGCAUACAGAGUUAUGACAUGAUGUCUGUUUAUGCCUGUGUAAGGAUGGUUUGCUUUUUGAUUGUUUUCAGUUCCAUCACGUUGCAUCAUCUUAUUCGGAUGCCGGAGAACCCAUUCUCCAAUGACAUUAUUGAUUUUGAUGCAAGAAUUCAAAUGGGAAAGGAUCUCACAGACAAGGAGAUUGAGAGGUACUUUCAUGUAAAUAAAUAACCACAGAUGAUGCUCUUUGAAGAGCAUACGUUUACCUAAUUCAUGUAUAAUUCUGACAUGCGUUAUGAUUUUUCUAUCAAUUUGGUGUAUUUUCCCAUAUAUCUUUUUAACUUUAAGCUACAAAGUCCUCCUAAGUCAUGCUCGGAAUCAUGAGUUGAUGAGGCAUGAUGUCAUCCUCUGCACUUGUACUGCGGCGUCAAAUCCCAACUUCUCCAAACUGGAUUUGCAACAGAUUAUCAUUGAUGAGUGUGCCAUGGCAACUGAGCCUGAAGCCUUCAUCCCCCUUGUGACCCAUAAACCCGAACAGGUAAUUGAUCAUCAAUGACUAAUUAAUUUCUCAAGUUGCAAGCAGGGAAAAGGUUAAAUAAUAAUAAUAAUAUGCCAUUUAGCAGACGCUUUUAUCCAAAGCGACUUACAGUCAUGCGUGCAUAAUUUUUUUUUUGUGUAUGGGUGGUCCCGGGGAUCGAACCCACUACCUUGGCGUUACAAGCGCCGUGCUCUACCAGCUGAGCUACAGAGGAUGUAACCGAUCUUAUGAUUAUGUAUUAUCCUUUCAGAUUGUUUUACUCGGCGAUCACAAGCAAUUGCAGCCCAUUACGCAUUGUGAUCUUUCAGCAAGGUUGGGCAUGAGGAAAUCUCUGUUUGAGCGUUACAUGGAAAAGGCGUUGAUGCUUGAUACGCAGUACAGAAUGGUAUGAAGCAUGCAUUGGUUUCGGAAAUGUUUCCGUGUUCUAUAGUAGAAGUUGUGUGGUUUGAUUGUUCUCUGACAUUCCACAUCUGAUUGCAAACUUGCACGAACAUUCUCUAUUGUCUUUGUCAUCAUUUUCAUUUUGUUCGUAUAGAACUUUGGGAAUUACUCACUGCAAUUUUGUCUUUUCAGCAUGAGCGUAUUUGUGAGUUUCCCUCAAAGGAGUUCUACAAAGGUAUUCUCAAGACUGGAGCACCUCGGAAGGCCAGCGUCCUGCUCACUCAGUCUCAACAUCUGACACCCAUCCUUUUUGGACAUGUUGACGGAAAAGAGAUCAGUCUUGUGGUCUCCACCGAACGGGGGAACGAAAACUCAAAGGCCAACUUCGCAGAGGCUGAGGAAUCGGUGAGCAACAACAACCAAGCAAUGUUACAAAACACUGUCAAUGCAUAAUGCCAUGCUAACGGUGAAACAUCAACAUUUUGUUUUUUUGUCAGGUUCGCAUCGCUUCUCUGUUGAUCAAGCGUGCUGGGGUGGCAGCUAGAGACAUAGCUAUUCUAACGCCAUACAAUGCCCAGGUAGCCAAGGUGAAUGAAACCCUGUUAAACAACCAUAUCCAGAAUGUCAACGUGAGCACCAUCACAAAGAGUCAAGGUACAGUUAUUUUGUCCAUGGAGCACAAAGAUACAGUAUAUAAAAGAUACAAUAUAUAGAAAGGGAAGGGAAACUGAACUCCAGCUGAGUAUUUAUACUUUUUUUCUACAGGAAGUGAAUGGCGUUAUGUCAUCUUGUCCACUGUGCGCUCUUGUCCCAAGUCGGAAAUUGACACAGAGCCAACCAAAGCAUGGCUCAUCAAGAUGCUUGGUUUCAUCAUAGACCCAAACCAAGUCAAUGUGGGCAUCACUCGGGCUCAGGAGGGACUGUGCAUUAUUGGUAAGAAAAUGUUCCAGGUGAUAUUAUACAGCCAAUGUCUCUCUGUUCACCUUGUUGACUCAUAUCAGGCACCACUGUAGCACUCAUAUAGCCAGCUUCCCAGACAGAUUUAGCCUAGUCCUGUACUAAAAACCACUUUAAAUGACUAGCUUUAAUCUGUGUCCAGGAAACCGGCCUUUAGAGUCUAAAUUAAGGAAAUAGGUGCAAUGAUAGUGUGCACUGAAAAGUGAAUUAACAAUCAAAUCAAACCAACAAUGCAUUUAUUUUUUAAUAAAAAAGUAAAAUAAAACAACAACAAAAAAGUGUUGAGAAAAAAAGAGCAGAAGUAAAAUAAAAUAACAGUAAGGAGGCUAUAUACAGGGGGGUACCGGUGCAGAGUCAAUGUGCGGGGGCACUGACUAGUUGAGGUAGUUGAGGUAAUAUGUACAUGUGGGUAGAGUUAAAGUGAUUAUGCAUAAAUAAUUAACAGAGUAGCAGCAGUGUAAAAAGAUGGGGUGGGGGUGGGGGGGGCUGUGCAAAUAGUCUGGGUAGCCAUGAUUAGCUGUUCAGGAGUCUUAUGGCUUGGGGGUAGAAGCUGUUGAGAAGCCUUUUGGACCUAGACUUGGCGCUCCGGUAUCGCUUGCCGUGCGGUAGCAGAGAGAACAGUCUAUGACUAGGGUGGCUGGAGUCUUUGACAAUUUUGAGGGCCUUCCUCUGACACCGCCUGGUAUAGAGGUCCUGGAUGGCAGGAAGCUUGGCCCCAGUGAUGUACUGGGCCGUACGCACUACCCUCUGUAGUGCCUUGCGGUCGGAGGCCGCACUACAGCCCUGUCGAUGAGAAUGGGGGCGUGCUCAGUCCUCUUUUUUUUCCUGUAAUCCACAAUCAUCUCCUUUGUCUUGGUCACGUUGAGGGAGAGAUUGUUAUCCUGGCACCACACUGCCAGGUCUCUGACCUCCUCCCUACAGGCUGUCUCAUCGUUGUCGGUGAUCAGGCCUACCACUGUUGUGUCGUCGGCAAACUUAAUGAUGGUGUUGGAGUCGUGCCUGGCCAUGCAGUCAUGGGUGAACAGGGAGUACAGGAGGGGACUGAGCACGCACCCCUGAGGGGCCCCCGUGUUGAGGAUCAGCGUGGCAGAUGUGUUGUUACCUACCCUUACCACCUGGGGGUGGCCCGUCAGGAAGUCCAGGAUCCAGUUGCAGAGGGAGGUGUUUAGUCCCAGGAUCCUUAGCUUAGUGAUGAGCUUUGAGGGCACUAUGGUGUUGAAUGCUGAGCUGUAGUCAAUGAAUAGCAUUCUCAGGUAGGUGUUCCUCUUGUCCAGGUGGGAAAGGGCAGUGUGGAGUGCAAUAGAGAUUGCAUCAUCUGUGGAUCUGUUGGGGCGGUAUGCAAAUUGUAGUGGGUCUAGGGUUUCUGGGAUAAUGGUGUUGAUGUGAGCCAUAACCAGCCUUUCAAAGCACUUCAUGGCUACAGACGUCAGUGCUACGGGUCGGUAGUCAUUUAGGCAGGUUAUCUUAGUGUCCUUGGGCACGGGGACUAUGGUGGUCUGCUUGAAACAUGUUGGUAUUACAGACUCAGUCAGGGACAUGUUGAAAAUGUCAGUGAAGACACUUGCCAGUUGGUCAGCACAUGCUCGGAGUACACGUCCUGGUAAUCUGUCUGACCUGCUUAAAAGUCUUACUCACAUCGGCUACGGCUACAGCUACGGAGAGCGUGAUCACAUAGUCAUCCGGAACAGCUGGUGCUCUCAUGCAUGCUUCAGUGUUGCUUGUCCCUUGUCUAUUGUUAGAUUCCCAUUGUUGUUACAUUCUUUUGUACACUUCUGCUCUCAGCCUCUACUGGCGCUGGCGUUGACAUGCGCCUUGGCGGUUUACAUUUGCUCUUUGUUUCCCUUUAGGAAACCGAGAGUUGCUGUGGUGCAAUUCACUGUGGAGGAAGCUAUUGGUUCAUUACCAGGAACGUGGCUGUGUGGUGGAUCCUGCUAAGGACAUUCAAGUUCAAAACCCACACGUCAAAACCAAAUCAAAGGCCAAAGUAGCUUCGAAGUUGCGAAAAAGAAAAUGCUAGAGAUUCUGCAGUACCUACAAUUGACUGCUGGGGAUGAUUUUGAAAAUUUAGAUAUGCAUUGCUAAGGUGCUGCUUGAUGUCUUGAUCUUUAACACUUGUGAAAAAGGGAAGACUUUUGCACUACUGAAGAGUUAAUGAAGUCGAUUUUUAUGAUUGUUUUUUGCAUAUGAAUAUAAUAUGGACUGUUAUCAUUACAAUACCAUUGUGUAUUUCAGAACUAUGUAUAAAAGAAAAGCGACAAUCAUUGCACUGGUAAUACAAAAAGAUUUAAUAUAUAUAUUUCUACCUUUUUGUUGUUAACCUUGACUUUUUGUACAUAUGCUUUUUAAGUGUUAGAGGUGCUUUAUACUCAGUCAGAUGUUUUGUAUGUUUUAUAAUGAUUGUGAAAUGUUUUAAUCAUUGUAUAUUAAACUAGCCCUGC